GGCAGGAGCGAGCAGCAGAGAGGGAAUGAGCACAUCUGGCAGGAUGAAUGUGGGGCAGGUGACAUCCACGAACGGGCUGAGGACCGUGCCUGCCAACCAGCUGGACCGCUGGAUUGCGGAGACCCUGCAGCCCAGUACUGCUUUCUGCAAGCAGGUGAAGCAGACGGUGAAGCAGAUCUGUGACUUCUUCAAGGAGAACUGCUUCGAGACCAACAUCCGUGUCCACAAGACCGUCAAGGGCGGCUCGGCGGGCAAGGGCACAGCUCUGCAGAACAACUCCGAUGCCGAUGUGGUGCUCUUCCUCAGCCACUUCUCCAGCUACGAGCAGCAGAAGCAGGAGAGAAAGUAUAUCCUGGAUUUGAUCAAGAGGAGGCUGCAUGCCUGCAGACAGAGCCUGACGUUCACUGUGACCAUCAGCGAGCCCCAGUACAAGGGUCCUGGCAAUACACCGCGUUCCGUCAGCCUCACUCUCCGCUCCAGGACAACCCUGGAGUCCAUCAAGGUGGACGUCCUGCCUGCCUACGACGCCUUGGGGCAGGUGACCCGGGAUGCCCAGCCGGACAUGGAGGUGUAUGUGGGGCUCCUGAAUGCCAGGGGUGACCCCGGGGAGUUUUCCUCCUGCUUCACUGAGCUGCAGAAGAAGUUUGUGAAGCGUUACCCUGCCAAGCUGAAGAACCUCCUGCGCCUGGUCAAACACUGGUACAAGGAGAUGCUGAAGCCACAGUACCUUAAUGCUGACCUGCCCCCCAAGUAUGCCCUGGAGUUGCUGACCAUCUAUGCCUGGGAGGAGGGCACGGGCUCCUCCGACUCCUUCAACAUGGCUGAGGGUUUCCGUACAGUGCUGCAGCUGCUGUGCCGGCCCCAGGAGAUCUGCAUCUACUGGGAGAUGUACUACUCGCUCCAGCACACCCAGAUCGGUGCCCAUGUCAAAAACCUGAUGCGUAGUCACUGCCCCAUUAUCCUGGACCCCGCUGACCCCACCGGGAUCCUGGGCAAAAACACGCAGUGGGAUCUGAUGGCACAGAAAGCUGCCCAAGACCUUUCCCUGCUGCCCUGCAUCAAUAACACCCAGCCCUGGGAUGUGCAGCCGGCCCGGCUUGUGACAAUUGAGGUGAAGCAGAUGGUGGGCACCAGCCUGAGCAGGACCGUCAGCCCUCACACCACCAUCCAGCAGCUGAAGAAGCAGAUCGAGAAGGAGUGGAACAUCCCCUGGUACAAGCAGCGCCUGAGGCAGCAGGAGCUGGGCAGGAACACUCCAGUCCUGCAGGACGGCGAGACCCUGGCCACAUACGGCAUCUUCUACAACACCACGCUGGUGCUGCUGCAGACCGAGCCCCAGACGAUCGAGAUCUUAGUGAAGAACGACAAGAACCAGACCACCACCUACAUGGUGCAGCUCACAGACACCGUCCGGCAGCUGAAGGAGAAGAUCCACAGCAACAAGGGCCCUUCGGCCGACCAGCAGUACCUGACCUACGAUUCCAGGACUCUGGAGGACCAGCACAUGCUGGCACACUAUGACAUCCAGCCCAAGAGCACCAUCUACAUGAACCUGAAGCUCCGGGGGGGUGCAGGCCCCCAGAACCCACAGUUCCCUGCCUGAUUGCCCUCCUGAGUGCUGCCCCAGGCACCAGUCCACGCUCCUGUACCCCCCCCUCCCGUCGCGCUGGAAAUAAAUGCCUUAGUAGA